AUGCUGGGCCUCGUUCUUCCUAGCGGGUUUCCGGCCUCCGUGCACCCUCCGUACAUGGCGUACGCAGGCUGGCAGUUUACGGGCAUGGCGGCUUCCGCUGCUGCGGGGGUGAUGUCAACGCAAGCCCUGCUCUACGCGAUGGGGCUCGGUGCCGGCGCCCUUCCGCUAGCCGCAACGCUGAACUGGGUGAUCAAGGAUGGCCUUGGACAGCUGGGCGGGGUGGCGUUCUCGAGUCUAGUCAGUACACGUUUCGACGCGAAUCCAAAGCUGUGGAGAGUCGUUGCUGCGGUUUCCCUCGACGCUUCCAUGGUGUUGGAACUCCUGUCCCCGCUCGCUCCGGCGUACUUCUUGCCGAUCGCAUCGGUCGCCAACAUCGGAAAAAACGUGUCGUUCCUAGCCGCGUCGGCUAGCCGUGCGGCCAUCCACAACGUGCUCUCUUUGAAGGGAAACCUGGCGGACGUUACCGCCAAGUCGGGCGCGCAGACCAUCCUCGCGUGCAUGGCGGGCACCGGGGCGGGCGUCACGCUGUCGGCGUCUCUGGGCUCGGAGUUCCACGCCAUCGUCCCGGCGUGUCUGUGCCUGUCCGUCGUGCACCUAGGGGCCAACCACAUGUCCAUGCGGCGGCUUGGCAUACCGACCUUCGAUCACCAGCGGCUAGAGCUGGUAGUCAACGGCAUGGCCGACGGCGACAGGAGCCGCGGCAUGCCCAGUCCUCAAGACAUAGCGGCCCAAGAAGAUGUCGUGGCGUACGCCGUUCGCGAAAAGAUCGGGUUGGACCUCUCCCCUACGGUGGUCGUGGGAUCUCGAUUGAAGGAGGCCGUCAAGGGUUGGGGAGAGCUGGAGGAGCUCUGCCGGGUUUGCGAGGGUCUCCCUUUCCUUCUGUCGGUCAGGGGCGACCUCGCUCACCGGACGGGAGAGGUACACGUCUUGCUCUUGGAAGGCUGCGGGGCUCGGGAAGUCCUUGCCGGGAGCUACGUGGCGCUGGUCGCGAAACGCCUCCUGCUUGAGCGGGGGCUGCGAAGGUCGCGCGGCCGUCGACGAGCGGGGACACUGACACGUGGGGGCAAAGAAGUUGCGCCCACAGGAGACAUUCUCCCUGAGGUGAUCGAGGAAGCGCUACGGCAAGGGGCUGCCUUGCUGGCGUCCCCCCCUGCGCCGCCGUCCCCGAUCGUCUCUUCCUCUCCGACUGACACACAAGGGGGACAAGAAGAGGUAGGGGAGGCCCCGACGUUGCAAGAACAAGGCGAUGCCGCGAGGCACGGGCGCAUGAUCGCACGCGAACUGAGCGCCAGGGCAGAGCGGUCAGGAUGGAACACGUCGGCGUUGUUCCUGGAAAAGGCGGGGGCGGUGAGGCUACGACUUGUCCGCCUGCCCGAAAAUUGCGGCGACUCUUCUCCGGGUGGCAGGAAUGCGGCGGCGGCGGCGGCGGCCGGGGGGUGA